AUGUUCUCAAUCAGAAGCCUGCCCACCAUGGCUCAUCGGGAGCAAGGAGAGCAAGACGGAGUGGAGGAUAUGACGCAGCUGGAGGAUAUGCAUGAGAGGACUGUUCUGCUGAAUUUGAGGAAAAGGUUUGAGAGACAACUCAUAUAUACGUACAUAGGUAGUAUUCUGGUGUCUGUAAACCCCUAUAAGAUGUACAAUAUUUACGGGACGGACGUGGUGAUGCAGUACAAGGGUCGGGCGCUGGGAGAGAAUCCUCCGCAUUUGUUUGCCAUAGCAAAUGCUGCUCAUUCCAAAAUGAUGGAUGCCAAACACAACCAGGUCAUAAUUAUCAGUGGGGAGAGCGGUUCGGGGAAAACCGAGGCCACCAAGUUAGUUCUUCGCUACCUAGCAGCAAUACAUCACAAAUGCAACCUUGCACAACAGAUUGAGAUCCUUGAGGCAGCUCCUCUGCUGGAAUCUUUUGGAAAUGCCAAAACUGUGCGGAAUGAUAAUUCCAGUCGCUUCGGGAAAUACAUAGAGAUCUAUCUGGAGAAUGGUGUGAUCAGCGGUGCCAUAACUUCUCAGUACCUGUUGGAGAAGUCUCGUAUCGUCUUCCAGGCCAAAGAUGAGAGGAACUAUCACAUCUUCUACGAGAUGUUGGCAGGUCUCCCUCCGCCGCAGAAGCAGGCUUUCUAUCUGCAAGAGGCCGAGACCUAUUAUUACCUCAACCAGGGAGGGGAUUGUGGAAUAACGGGAAAGAAUGAUGCAGAAGACUUCCUGCGUCUGCUUGCUGCCAUGGAGAUCCUCCACUUCACCCCUGACGACCAGUCGGCCAUCUUUAGGAUUCUUUCUUCCAUACUGCACCUGGGAAAUGUCUACUUCCAGAAACAUGAGGCUGAUGGCCAGGAGGUGGCGACAGUGGUGAGCGCUCAGGAGAUCAGAGUGGUGGCGGAGCUGCUGCUCAUUUCUCCAGAGGGACUUCAGAAAGCUGUCACCUUCAAAGUCACAGAGACGAUGAGGGACAAGAUCUACACUCCACUGACAGUAGAAAGUGCUGUCGAUGCCAGAGAUGCUGUUGCCAAGAUCCUGUACUCGCUGCUCUUCCAUUGGUUGACAGAGAGGAUCAACGCUCAGGUGUACCCUCGCCAACACACCCUCUCCAUCUCCAUCCUGGACAUUUACGGAUUUGAGGAUCUAACCUUCAACAGCUUUGAGCAGCUUUGCAUCAAUUAUGCAAACGAGUACUUGCAGUUCUUCUUCAACAGGAUCAUUUUCAGGGAGGAACAGGAGGAGUACAGCAGGGAGCAGAUCCCCUGGCAGAACAUCCCCUUCAACGACAAUCAGCCCUGCAUCGACCUCAUCGCCGCUAAGCCUCAUGGGAUACUGAGGAUCCUGGAUGAUCAGAGCUCCUUCCCACAGGCGACGGACCACACUUUCCUCCAGAAGUGUCACUAUCACCAUGGCAACAGCCCACUGUACAUGAAGCCAAAGAUGCCCCACCCAGAGUUCACCAUCAGGCACUUUGCCGGCCGAGUCACCUACCAGGUUUACAAGUUCCUUGAUAAGAACUACGACCAGGUCCGACAGGGCAUCCUGGAUCUGUUCAUCCAGAGCAGGAACAAGAUGGUGUCAAAUCUGUUCGUGGCUCACGCAGAGCUCGUGGGUCAGCAGAGAGGAGGUCACAUGAGGAAAAGCAGCACGGUCACCAGAAGGUACCAAGCGCCCACCGUCAGCAACAAGUUCCAACAGUCCCUGCUGGAGCUGGUGGAGAAGAUGGAGAGGUGCAACCCUUUUUUCGUCCGCUGCAUUAAGCCAAAUAACAUGAAGCUGCCAGGUGUGAUGGAAGACGAGCUGGUGAGCGGCCAGCUGCGACACUCUGGCGUCCUGGAAACCAUCCGGAUCCGUAGGGAGGGAUAUCCGGUCAGGAUGCCAUUCCACGUCUUCCUGUUCAGGUACAAGUCUCUGGUGGGGAUUCGAGAGCUUCCAGCUGCAAACGGAGAUAACUGUGUGAUAAUGCUCAGUAAACUGUGUCCCCUGAGACCAGGGUAUUUUCACGUUGGAGUCACGAAGAUGUUUCUGAAGGAGGACAUCUACCAGCUGCUGGAGUGUAAGCGAGAGCGCUCCCGACAUCUCGCCGCUCUCACCCUGCAGCGUUACACCCGCAUGUUCUUCGUCAGGAAACGCUUUGUGGCCUUUCGCAAGAAGAUCAUCGGGCUGCAGGCACAGUGCAGAGGCUUCCUCACCAGGAGGCGCUAUGUGAUUAUGAGGGAGAGUCUGGUCCGAUUCCGCUCCCUCGUCCACAUGUAUGUCAACCGCAAGCAAUACAUCAAGAUGAAGUUUGAAGCCCAGAGGAAAACUGAUGAGGAGAGGAGGAGGAGAGAGAAGGAGCUGACCAAGAGGGAGGUGGUGAACGUCACACACCUGCUGAUCCCUGCAGAGCUGGGAGCUUUACUGCAGACAGCAGGAGUCCGGAGGGAGCUGCACUCGGACUGUUUGGCUCUGCUUCAAGCUCCUCACAUUCAGGAGGAGAAUCAACUCACUCUGCCGCUGGACAUCAACAACUUCCCGUUCUACCGCUUCGUGCAGAUCUACUUCAGGGAACCGAAGUUUGGGAUGCUGACGGCCCCUCUGGACUCACCCCUGACCCGUGUAGAGGAGGAUCUCACAGGGGAGGCUCUGGAGCUCUUCAUCAUGGUAUUACGAUUCAUGGGGGACCCUCAUCUGAACGGAGCGCAGGAAAACAUGUUUGGGAAUUACAUCAUCCAAAGGGGACUCACGUCUCCGGGGCUACGGGACGAGAUCCUGUCUCAGGUGGUCAACCAGGUGUGGAGGAACGUCAACUCAGAGAACGCUGAGCGAGGCUGGCUGCUGCUGUCGGCCUGCGUCUGCAGCUUCGCCCCCUCGCCCAAGAUGGAGAAAUAUCUACUGAAGUUCGUCUCGGACCAUGCUCCUGCUGGCUGCCAGGCGCUGCUUCAACACAGACUCAUUCAAGCCAAUCAGAAAACACAAUUAGGCUCCGGCUCCACUCCCGAGACUGCGAGGACCUAUCCGCUCGCGCUGCUGGAGUGGACGGCCAAUCGGAAAAAGGCCAACAUGGUGUUGCACGUGCACUGUUUUGAUGGAGGCUCCUUCCUGUGUCCCGUCCACUCCUGGACUCGGGGAGAGGCGUUAGCAGGAGACAUCCUGCGCCACAGGGGCGUGUCCGACUGGUGGAGGGGGAGUUCAAUUCUAAUGAAGGAGCACGGCCAGUGGGUGGAGUUAGCAGGUCACGACUACGUGAUGGACCUGGUUUCAGACCUGGAGCUUCCGCCGGACUUCCCCAAGCAGAAGAGCUACUUUGUCAUCAGCACCGACGACCCGGCUAGAGUCCGGGCCAAUGCCAGCCUUGCUCUGGUCGGCGGCGGCUUUGACUCCGACGAGGAGCUGGUUCCGUCCUUUCCUCUGAGCAGCAGCAGCAGCAGACCGGCCUACAGCCUGCCAGACUCUGACGGCUACUACAGUCAUGUGGAGUCGGAUGCGUUGAGUGACGGUCAGACUCAGAGAGGAAUGGAUCGCUACCUGGACAGCCUGUUUGACCCUGUGCUGUCAGACGGCAGCGCAGACAUGGAAAAGACGGGAAGUUUGACGGCGAGGAUGAAGGGAGGAGGAGGUAUUGGCAUCACAGGAGGAGGAAGAGGAGAGGGGGAGAGUCCUGCGACCCCCAGUCGGCCGUAUCCACCAGGAAUACACCCUGGAGGGUCGGAGCAGACAGUCAUGUCUCAGCAGCAGCAGGCCAUCAUCAACCAGCAAGCCAUCAUUCUGGCUCAGCAGAUGACGAUGCAAGCGAUCGCGAUCCAGCAGCAAAUGUUGUCGUCUUUCCCCCCCGUCGCCCCGGCUCCUCAGUCACCACCUUUCCAGCAUCAAACGCACUCACAGCAGCGCUCCUACACACCCAGUCCAAAAAAAGAAGGGGAGGAGUCAGCGUACAGGCCUGGUCCUGCAUCGGUUCAACGUAAGAGGAGCUCAACACGUGGCCCCCCUCCCGAGGAUGUGGUCCGAUCCCGUGUGAAUAACACUGAGCGUUUGGAUCCUAGCCAUGACAUUAAAGACAUCAUCAAACACCACCAGCCUGCUGACACAACAACUUCUACUGGACCUGCCCCACAAAGAAAAAGUGAUGGGAAGGGGUUUGGAAAGAAGUCAGACCCUCACGGUGAAGCAAUGGAGAUCCUGAAAGACCAGAUGGCAAACCCACCAAAGCCGUCUCAGAGGAAGCCUCAGUCCUCACAACGUAAAGAAGAAGGAGGCGUUAAGGUUGUCAAGUCCACCAGGUCCCGUCCAGCAGCGCCAUCUAGCUCCAGCAUGAGUCCUGCGCCUCCUCCAGUCUGCAGAGAGUUGCCAGUAGAGGAGGAGAUCAUUCAGACUCAACUCCACAGCAAAGCCAGUGAUGAAUAUUACACUUACUCGAAUGUCCCUUGGAAACUCUACAUGAGAAAAGAGGUUUUCUAUCCGAGAGAGACGCUCAACAAUCCUCUUACUCUGGAUCUGAUCUUCAGACAGGUUGUACAUGACACCUUCUCUGAGGCCUGCAUCCGUAUCACUCAGGAUGAGAGACAGAAGAUGAAGGCUCUGUUCGCGGAGAACGACGUGGACCAGCUUUCAGGAACAAGUGAUGAGAACAUAAAGAAGAAAGUCGUCGCAGUGUCCCGAGACUCCUGGGACAUCUACUUCUCUCGCCUCUUUCCAGCAUCUGGCAGUGUGGGGACAGGGGUGCAGGUGCUGUCUGUGUCACAUAAAGGCAUCAAGCUGCUGAAGAUGGUGAGGAGCAGCUCCUCUUCCUCAGACUACUUCAGAGUCCUGAGGCCUUACAGCUACUCGGACAUCCUGUUUGUGUCGAUUCCCUCGAAGAACAUGCUGGAGUUCAACCUGGCCAACGAGAAGCUGAUCCUGUUCUCUGCCAAAGCCCCGCAGGUCAAACACAUGAUCGACUACUUCCUCACAGAGCUCAAGAAGGACUCAGAGUAUGUGGUGGCGGUAAGGAACUACAUCACAGAGGACAGGAGUCUGCUCAGCUUCCACAAGGGAGACAUCAUCAGGCUGCUGCACAUGGACGGACUGGAGGCUGGUAAAUAUUACGGCUGCAUCGUGAGGAAGAAGGUCAUGCUACUGGAGGAGCUGAAGAGAGACACUCCUGAGUUUGGCUGGCGGUUCGGGGCCGUGUACGGAAAAUCUGGAUUGUUUCCGAGUGAGUACGUCCGUCCUGUGGCUGCUCCAGACUUCUUGGUUCUGCCUGAUGAGCGCGUGGAGCCUCGACACAGACAGGGACACGUCGCCGCCUCUGCCGCUGUCGCCGUGGCGAUGGGGUCAGCGGUGGCUGCCCAUGAGCUUGACCUCUCCACAGAGGUAGUAAAUGAGUUAUAUGGGGACAGUCUGAGCAUUGAACUGGACGAUUUGCCUCUGCACGGCGGCCAGUACCAUAUCGCUGAGUUUGCCAAGAAGUACUUCAGAGUGGCCCGAAGUAACAGAAGUGAUCAGAAAGCCAAAAAGGGGAAGGAGGGCAAAGACCCUGUUGACAUGAUCAAGUUCUCCAAGUCUCCGAUUCAGGAGUCUCUGAUCGACUUCUCUGACAGCGGGAUGAACAGAGUGGCGGCUGACAUCUUCUUAGCCAUAAUGAAGUUCAUGGGAGAUUUCCCGUUGAAGGGGCAGAAUGAACAGGACCUGGUCACCACUAUACUGAAGUUGAGCGGUGGCCACGGCCUGAUAAAGGAUGAGGCCUACUGCCAGGUGAUGAAGCAGGUCACCACCAACACCAGCUCCAAACCGGACAGUUGUCAGAGAGGAUGGAGGCUGCUCUAUAUCCUGACAUCCUUUCAUCGCUGCUCGGACGUCAUGAAGCCGUUUCUGCUGACGUUCCUGCAGGAUGCGUGUUCCAGUCCUGGGGUUCAGUACCAAGGUAUUGCCAAGGCCUGUGAGCAGAAUCUGAGGAGGACUUUUCAAUAUGGCGGACGUGUGCAGUAUCCCAACAGCAUGGAACUCAAAGCGAUGCUGGCUGGGCGGAGCUCCAAGAGACAGCUGUUCCUGCUGCCAGGUGGAAUCGAACGGCACCUUAAGAUCAAGACGUGCUCUGUAUCUCUGGAUGUCAUCGAGGAGCUUUGCUUUGAGAUGGAGCUGCACAGAGAGGAGGCGUUGGAUGAAUAUGCCACCUUUUUGGUCACACACAAAGGUCAGAACGUGCGUCCCCUGAACAAACGGGAGUACAUCCUGGAUGUGGCCACAGAGGCCGAGCUAGUGGACGCCAACUACAGCCUGUGGUUCAGAAGAGUCAUCUGGAGUCUGGCUCUCAAGCUGGACAAUGAACUCUAUGUCACCAUGCACUAUAACCAGGUCUUGCCAGAUUACGUGAAGGCCUUGCUGAGUGUGGUUCCUCAGGGUAAAGCCAGUGAGCAGCAUCUCCAGCAGAUCGCCAGGCUGGCUGCGCUCCAGCACCGUGCCAAGGACACCGUCUACCUGCCCACCCUACAUGACGUGCAGGAGUGCGUCCCCCCGCAGUUCUACGGCAAACAAGGAUCACAGCAUUGGCUGAAUAUGACAACACAACACAUGCAGCAGGUCCAGCCCUUGAACCCACACCAGGCCCGUGCACAGUUUCUAGGUCUGGUCAGUGCCUUCCCUAUGUUCGGCUCCUCCUUCUUCUACAUCCAGAGUUCGGGCUCUGCCUCCAUUCAUGCCCCGUGCGUCCUGGCUGUAAAUCUCAACGGACUCCACUUCCUUGACAAGGAUACUCAUGAGGCCAUGGUGCGUUUCCCUCUGAAGGAGGUCCAGUCCACUCGCACCCAGAGACCGACUUCAGGCUCCAGUUACCCGUACGUGGAGAUCAUGAUCGGGGACCUGCUCAACCAGCGCAUCACACAGCUACAGCUGGAGCAGGGCCUGGAGCUGUGCCGAGUCAUUGCCAUGCACAUGGAGAACAUGUUGUCAGUCAGAGAAAAAAGACUCACCUUGCCACCAAGCGAAAUCACCUUGCUAUAG